UCCUUAUGUCUCAUGAAAAGAGACGCAGCGACUUGAUGAAUAACAGUUUUGACGAUGGAUUACGACUAUAUACCCUUUCACAGGGAGAAAGACUUUCAUAAUCGAUGUUGCGGCGGAAAGCUCUGGUGUAUCAAGGACAUAUGUGGAAUCAUAUGUGCAAUACUGACAUGGCUGCUGAUUAUUUACGCAGAAUUCGUAGUGAUGGCAGUGAUUCUUAUUCCUACAAUAAACACGGUGUAUUCCAGCUUAAACAUGGCCAUCUAUCAAUCUCUCACAUUCCUGGCCUUUGCGUCGCACUUGAGAACCAUGUUUACCGAUCCGGGUGCAGUACCCAAAGGUAAUGCAACGAAGGAGAUGAUACAACAGAUGGGGUUCAGACAGGGACAAGUCAUUUUUAAGUGUCCGAAAUGUUGUUCCAUUAAACCCGAGAGAGCGCAUCAUUGCUCCGUUUGCCAAAGGUGCAUUAGGAAAAUGGACCACCAUUGUCCAUGGGUUAACAAUUGCGUGGGAGAAAAUAAUCAAAAAUAUUUUGUACUUUUUACUUUUUAUAUAGCUGUCAUAUCGUUACAUUCUCUAUUUCUGAGUAUACAACAAUUCACAAUGUGUCUCAGACAAGAAUGGAGAGAGAGCUGCUCUACAUUUAAUCCGCCGGCCACGGUGGUAUUAUUGUUAUUUUUGGCAUUGGAAGCACUUUUGUUCGCCAUAUUUACUGCUGUGAUGUUAGGCACGCAACUGCAAGCCAUUUGGAACGAUGAAACCGGUAUAGAACAGCUUAAAAAAGAGGAAGCCAGAUGGGUUCGCAACAGCAGGUGGAAAUCUAUUCAAGCGGUGUUCGGUAGAUUUUCGGUAGCCUGGUUUUCACCUUUCACCUCGCCGCCUAAUGCAAAAACGAACUUAGACUCUUAUCUAUAUUCGGUCUGAAUACUAUUUUGAUACAUGUAACCAUGACUCUCAGAGGAAUAUUUAAUGUAUAUAUAAAAGUUAAUUAUGAUAUAUAAGUAGAUUAUACAGCCUGUAACUCUGUAAGGAGGUAUUGUAUUCAGGGAGAUUACGUAACAUCGAUGCUCUUGUAUGAUCUCCUGUCCCGCGUAAUGGGAUUUUAUCUAUAUCAUUUCCCGAAUUUUUGUUCAUCACACUCGAGAAGAGAACACAUAUCUUUUGUGAUAGCGAAAAUACUGAAAGAACAUCCUAAGAAAUUUAAUAUUAUAUUAUUAUCAUGUGGUUGUAAUUAACUGUACAUUUACAUCUUUUGUAAGAUUUCUAUUCAUUACCGUCACGGCCAUAUGUUUAAGUUUCUUUUAAAGUUGAUACACACGACUUGUAUAGAUACAUGUAAUAUAUGAAACGAUUUAUGCAAUUGUAAGCG